CGCAGACACAGGUGGUCCCAGGCUACAUUGACGCUGAUGCUGCGCCACGUGCUGUGCGUGUUGGCCCUUGCGCUGUGCUGCUGCACGUCCUUCUGCGUGGCUGCUGAGGCUGAGGCUUCCUCUGUGCCAUCCGCGAGUGGUGCGGGGACCCCGGCGGAGGUGUCCGCGCAGGAGGAGGACGUGACGGUGAGGAGGAAGACUUUGGAGGCCGCGAACCAGACAGAGGCGGCAGCAAUUUCUGCGAAGAAGGCACUGGAGAGUGUAAGGGCGGCAGCGGAGGGAGCCAUGAAGGUUGCGGGGAACGUGGUGGACGAGUCCGAGAAAGGAAAGAUUGGCGAUGCAGUGGGUCUGGUGUAUCUGUUGCAUAAAACUCUUACGAAGAUACUGCUGCCUCCGAAGAAUGGUGUGGUAAACAAAGACCCGACUCUUGCAGACCUUAAGAACAAAGAGACGCAGAAGCUGAUUGAAGAUGCAAGGAAGAAUGCUUUGCAUGCGACGUCAUCACCUCAGUAUGCGGUGGAUAAAACAGCUGCGGCAGNGACGCAGAAGCUGAUUGAAGAUGCAAGGAAGAAUGCUUUGCAUGCGACGUCAUCACCUCAGUAUGCGGUGGAUAAAACAGCUGCGGCAGUGAGGAGUGCAGAAGUGCCAGUGCAGCAGGCAAGAGGAGCGGCGCAGCAAGCCAGCGAGGCCCUGAAGAACGCGGCAGCCGGGGCGACGGAGAUAUUGGAUGUCGUUCGUAAUGUCAAUGACAUUGUGGCAAAGGGGAUCACGGCUGCGGUGCAGUCACAGACGGCUUUGACCAAAGUUGCAGACGUAAUGACACGCAUUGCAGCCUCUCUGAGCAGUUUAUUGGGUGUUGCGGACGAUGCCUUGGCGUUGGCACAAUCAGUGAGUGCUCCAGCGGGCACUCAGACUGAGGACGAAAAAUUUACAAAGUUAAUGGAAACGGCGAAGAAGGUUUUGGGUGACUUCGAUGCACUUAUGUCGGAAGCCAAAAGCGGCAUGGAAUUCAAUGGCGCUGCUGUAAUCGCGGCUGAUGCGGUGGUGACUGA